AUGAAUUUAGCAAUUACUUUAAAUCCAAACGCAAGUCCCUUUCAUCCAUUGGCUCAGUUAAAUAAGAAAGAAGUGGCUUUCAAUCGUCUUAAAUCUUGGGGGUUCUCAGCUAAAUUCGAAGAAAUGGUAGAAGCAGUUAUUGAUGAAUGGUAUAAGGCCGGCACUUUAAAUGGACUUUUGAAUCAGUGGGAAUUAUAUGCACAAACAGACUUUUCAUCGAAACAAAUCCCACUGCAUGUAUUAUGUUACAACGUCCAAGGAUGGGGAACUAGAGCAUUGGAAGCAAUUGAUCUAGUUUUUCAAACAGAUGCAUCGAUAUGUGUGUUUACAGAAACAGGACAGUUAUGGAAUACGUCUCGGAUGCCACACUUUAAUACUUUUCAUCAAAAAGGGACAAACAAAAGUGGAGGUGUUUGUGUGGCAGUUGGAAAGCACCUGAAAGCUAAUCAGAUUGAUUGUGAUAUAGAAAACACUGUGGUGGUGGAUAUUUAUGGUCUUACAGUAUCUAUGCGGAUUAUUGGUAUCUAUUGGCCUCAAGAGCAAAAACGGAAUCUUCAGAUGAUUAACCCAUUCUUAAUUGAAAAUACAAUAAUUACGGGCGAUUUCAACGCAGCCAUGCAAGAAUGGGGAAGUCCAUCAUCUGAUAAAAGGGGGAAGACUCUAAAAGAAUGGAUAGAAAAAAAUACUCUGGCAUUCAUCCCAUCUACAGCUCACUCAUCAAAGCGAUCUUUACGUCAUAUUGAUCUCACUUUCUCAAACCUGGAAGGUCUCAACUCAGAAACGAUGCUAGUGGGAACAAGUGAUCAUUGGCCGAUUCUUUUAACAUGCGUGAAUGCGGACUUUGAUACAUCAAAUAUGUUCCCACAUGUGCAGUGGCUCCUAUUCCAAGCUGUACUUGCAUUGUUACAAGAGUUUUGGGUAGACGAACAAGAAAGAAGAGAUUCUCAUGAUAGACCAGAGAAAGCCUUUUGGAACUACCUAUCUAGAGUUUACAAGCCAAAAACUCUUCCAUUCUUCAAACUGGCGGUAAAUGGAAAAUCAUUAUCAGAUGAACAAGAAAUUACAGAUGAACUCUACAAGUACUAUGAAGAACAAUUUCAACCUCCAUCGAUAGAUAAAAAUGAUCCGCACGAUGCUGAAAUUGAUAAGGAAUACAUCGAGAUGAAGAAAGUCUUGGAAACAUCAAAUGAGCCUGUAAGAGCGACAAGUAUCUUCGAGAUUACAAAAUAUAUUAAGAAAUUGAAAGGGAAGAAAUCGGCUGGGUAUGAUUCAGUGUCCAACUACAUGCUCAAACUUUUACCACCUGGAUAUGUUGACUGUCUUACAAAAUGUUUUAACAAGUGGUUAACCGAGUGUAGCUAUCCAGAACCUUGGAAGAUGGCAAAGAUAAUUAUAUUAAGUACAUUAAAGGCAGGAGUACCUCGAUGUGAUCAAACUCGUCCUAUCUCAUUACUGGCCACACAUUCUAAGUUGUUUGAAAAAGUAUUACUAGAAAGAGUUCGACAUUGGGCAGAGAGUCAACAACUGGUACCGAUUGAGCAAUCCGGAUUUCGACCAUGA